UAAAUAGCCCAGCAUUGCUGACAUUGAGACAGAAUCAAAACUCUCAGAUAACAUUUACUAUUAGACAGCCACAAGUAGGAAAUCUUUGGAACUGCUAUCAUGUGCCGAGCACUAGAGCAUCUGCCAAUCACCUGUCUGGAAAGGGCAAAAGAGCUCAAGGCUCGGUUUGGAAAUUUUCUGCUAAAGCAAGAGCUUAAUAUCAUGGGCCACUCGCAAAAAACUGACAAGUUAACACUGGAGAACAGACGAAAAUGGAGCCAGUCUUUCCAUGAACUCCUGCUUCACAAAGAGGGACUGUGCGCUUUCACAGCUUUCCUGUCAUCUGAGUUCAGUGAAGAAAAUAUUGCUUUCUAUUUGGCCUGUGAGGACUACAGGAACACAAAGAACUCCUCAAAGCUGUGCUGCAAGGCCAAGAAAAUCUAUGAGGAGUUCAUCUGCUCUGACUCACCAAGAGAGGUUAAUCUUGAUCAUGAAACUAAAACCAUCACCUUGAAGAAUAUGGAGCAACCCAACCAGUCCUGCUUCACCCUCGCCCAGAGUAAAAUUUACACCCUCAUGGAGAAAGACUGCUACCCUCGUUUCCUCAAAUCAACAGUCUACCAGGAACUCAUCACACAACAUUUGGGUUAAACUACCCAUGGCCACUCUAAAGACAGCAGCAGCGGACUGCAUCCCAGAUAAACAUGGCAUUUAUGUGACGGCAUUUACGGUCAGUGAAUGAUCUGGACCAGUUUCUUGAGGUUCAGGAGGACUGAACAGACUCAAAGCCAGAUUGGAAGGCCUUGGGCAUCAGAGAAAUCCAUUCCAUGAAUACAGCAUUGGAGUACAUGGGAAGAUCAAGUUUGUAGCACUGGAUAAUAACUGUGAAAGCAGAAUCACUUUUGCACAUUUAUAUGUAAAACUAUUUGAUUUUUUGUGCGUGUUUGAGUAUUUUUGUAUUUCCUAUGAGUAUUUAUUGAAAAGUUAUAUUGAAAAAAAAGUAUUAUUUAUAUUUGAUGAACAAAUGUGGGUUAUUUAUUGAACUUUGAGUGAAAAACACUCGAAUAAAUUUUUUACAUGCAAA